GUUUGCUCGUCAAAAUGAUAAUUUUACAUGUUCUACCGUCGAAGCACUAUCUUCAUAAGGUGCGUGCAAUCGUUAUAAACACUACUCGGCGGUCGGUACAUAAAUCCAUCGAAACAGCUACUUUUUCUGUUACUGUUUGACGAAUUUCCCACAAUGAUGGUCAAACCGUUGUUAUUACUACUGUUAAUUGGAGUUAUUAUCGAAGUUCAUCUAGUAAGUCCACCCUAUAGGGUCCCAUGUGGCAACAGUUGUGGAUGCGAUAAAACAACAAAAUGCCCGGGAAAGUUGACUUGCCAGACCGGUGAAGUUCUGGUCGAUCGUCCUCCGUUUUGCGAACCAACUUGUUGCGAUGAUUGCAGCAACAGCAAACCAUUCCCACUAAAUUACCUAAUCCGACCAACAUGUGUUUGUAAAAAGGGCUUGGUUCGGCACAAUGGAGCUUGUAUUGAACCAUGUCAGUGCCCAUCUAAAGGAGAAGCAGUUACUAAAGCACCACUGACGACAACGAGUACUGCAAGCUGCAAUGAUGAUGUACCGUACAAAAAUCAGCCUGCAGGAUGUCAAUCGAACGCCCCUGCGCCGGUGAAGCCAUCUUGCGGAUGCCCGCAGAUGGUUACCCCCAACCCGUGUCUGUGCCAGUCAACACCGCUACCGUGCCCGUGUCAAGCAGUAUCUACUUCUGGUUGCCCCGUACAGUGCUAUCCCCCUCCACCGGUUGCUCCGCCGAAUCCAUGCGGACCGUGUGGCCGAUUAUAAUCUAGCAAGUAGUGCUUUCAAAAUAAAUCCCUAAUGAAUCCACCUAGCAGUGAUUUUUGCAUUCAUUGUAAUAGUUCAUUACCAAUAUUACCAAUAUAGUGCACUCUGACUGGUUUGAAGAAACAACGCAGUAACGCUACAAUAUCACAAAAGGAAAUCAAUGUAGUGAAGAGACAUUCUGAGGGGUGCUUGAA